GAUACUUCGGUCACACUGGUUACUAAAAAAACGUGCAGGCCUGCGUAUCGCGCUGAUUUUUAAUUGUUUUUCUAUAAUAUAUUGUUUUAAACAAUAUGGUGAAUGCCAAAAAGGAAGUCAAUUGCGACUACUGCGGCAGUAGUAAUGAACCCGCACAGAUUUUAACGUCCAAAAAGGCGUAUUUUGGCAACAAAGUUAGCGAUGUUCUACACGCCAUCACACAACGUAAUAUUCCGCCUACUUUGGCCAUCAAGGUGUGCUACAUUUGCUUCUCGAAAUUCGUGCAAUGCGAGCGCACAAUACAGAAGAUUCAGGAAUUUGUCGACAAGGGCCUCUCCACUUCGGGCGGCAAAAAAAAGGGCGCCAACAACGAUGAAGUAAAGGUAGAGCAGUCUGAGGAGGAGGUAAAAAAUAAAAAGAAGCCCAUGAAGAAGCGCAGUUUAUCUGUGCCUGGUCUUGGCACACUGCAGCCGCUGGCUAUAUUCGAGGCAGAACAGCCUAAACUUUCCAAAGGAAAGACAGACUCGGACAUUCUAGAGAACUCUGUGGUAUUGAAGCCAGCAAAAACAAUUGACAAGAAAAACAACUCAGUGCUGAGUUUUUUUAGUCCCGUUACCGCUACUGCUGCCGAUUCAGAGGAGGAGGAGGAGAGCGAAGCGGAGGAGAAGGAACUGCCGCCGAACAACGUGCUUAUUCCUGACAUAUUUGAAUGCCGCCGUUGCGACUUUAAAGUGAAGCAACAAAAGCCAAUGAAGCAGCAUUACAUGCAAGUCCAUGGACAGAUGCGUCCCAGGAUUUACUUUUGCCCAAUGUGCACCAAGUCGUUUGGGAUUGCCAAAACGCUCACGGAGCACGCCAAGACUGUCCAUGGCAUAGAAGAGCAACCAAAGGAGAAGGGCGCAGCUGGCAGGGCUAAGACUGUCGACAAGGAGGUGCCGGCUGUGAAGAAAAGGAGAAAGUCUGUAGUUAAUGUGAAAGUGGACAACACUCCUGCCGCAGAGGAUGAUGACGAUGAUAUCGAAAUUAUAGAGGAAAAGAGUUCUGUCCCGGCACAGACCUCGCUUGUUAAGCAACAAACUUCUUUUUCCAGGCCACAAACACCAGCUAAGCAGCAGACACCAUCCAUGCCACAGACUCCUGUAAAGUCCCAGAAGACUCCACUGAAGGUACAAACUCCAUUGAAACCAUUGGAGAACGAAGACCAUGAUGAGUCGAUAACCGGCAUCAGAGCCUUGAACGAGCACAAAAAGAACAAGAAGAGUGUUGCCAACGUGGACUACACCUUUGCCAUCAAUGGUUCGAGUGCUUCGACGCCAAAGCCAAACGGAGAGCCAAUUCCGUCGAAUAGUCAGCUUACCUGCAGCAUUUGUGAUGCCGAGCAGCCGUCCGUCAAGACGAUGCAACGACACAUGUCCACGUCCCAUGGCAUUGACAAAGCAAAGAUAUUCAAGUGCCACAAAUGCGAAAAGUCACUGGCCAGCAAACAGUCGCUCAAUUAUCAUUUGAGCUGGCAUGCGGCUAAUCCCGAUGCAGAAGUAUCUUCCAAACGGCAGAUCACACAAGCAGAUGGACCUUCCAGCAAGCGUAGCAAGACCAAAGAAGCGGAAGACGAGUUCACUGAUGUGGCUGAUGGGGCCGUGUCUCCGCCAAAGAAGAGCAAGAAGCUGUCCGAGACCCUCAAUGAUGUGGCAGUGCCUUCGCCCAAGAAGAGCAAGAAGCUGUCCGAGACCCUCAACGAUGUGGCAGUGCCUUCGCCCAAGAAGAGCAAGAAGCUGUCGGAGACCCUCAAUGAUGUGGCAGUGCCUUCGCCCAAGAAGAGCAAGAAGCUGUCCCAGACCCUCAAUGAUGUGGCUGUGCCUUCGCCCAAGAAGAGCAAGAAGCUGUCGGAGAACCUCAAUGAUGUGGCUGUGUCUUCGCCCAAGAAAAGCCAAGAGGAGCCAAUAGUCUCGCUCUUAUCAGACGCAGAAAAAUGGAUUUUCCCUCGUCCCAAAAAGACAAAGGAACGAAAGGAGUCGGAGUCUGUCAACAUCUCGAAUGGCAACAGCAUUAGUGCAUCGCCGAGCUACCCUCUCUCCGACAUGGAUGUAGUAAACCCCUCAGUGCAGCCGCACAAGCGUGAAAUGUUGACGUCCACUUGCGAGUCCACCACCGCCGAUGAAUCCGAGUUCAAUUGCAGCCAGUGCCCAAAGAGCGUCAAGUCGCAGCGCCGUCUUGAAUCGCACAUUGCCAAAAUGCAUGGAAAGUCGCUCAAGUGCAGCAACUGCUAUAACAAAUAUAACACACGCCAGAGCUACGUCGUGCACUUUGGAGAGUGCGAGGGUGAGGCCAAGGAGUCCAACCUGCCAUGUGGCGUACGCAAGUGCAAAAAGGUUUUUGGGACUGUAAAAUCUCUGGAGGAUCACUUGAAGAAGCGUCAUCAGUGGUAGAGAAGCAAGAGAGAAGCCACAAGACACUUAGAUUAAGAGAAAA